ACUCAAAACUUAAAUGGGAAUAUGGAUAUGAAAUUGCUGAUUUUCUAUCAAAAUUCAUUUACUUUAUUGUAUGGUAUUCUUGAAACGAAAAUCUGUUAUUAAAUUUGUAAUAGUUUUUUGACUACAUUUUUAUUCAAUACAACAAAAUGGUGUGGAAUUUCGUUAAUUAAUGUGAUAAAUCGUUAUAAUGGCUGUUUUCACAUUUAUAUUGUUUAGUUUAUUGAUAAGCCAUUUGACUUUAGUGUUCAGUGAGAACAAUGUAAACACAAAUGAAAUAAUAUUUCAUUAUAAUAAUACAUAUAAAUACAAUGUCCCAUACACAGUAUAUGUGAAUAAGAAUACAGAAUAUAUAAUGGAGUUUGGAGGGGACCUAGAAUCGUAUGACACACCAGCCCGAGUGACAGUUGCCAGUGACUUCGCCAACAGAACUUACCCACUGUUCGUAACGGCAAGACAACAAAAAGGUGUAUUCUCCUGGCAGCUGCCGAUGCUCGUCCAGACCCUGGGCGGGCUGGAGCAGUUCACCAAUAUAUCCCGAACGCUGUGCCCCCACAAUAAUCUCUUCGCCGAAGAUGAAGACACGUGUGACAUAUCGUCAUUGAACACACCAAUAGUGCACCUGACGUCAUCAUCUCCCGCCUAUAUAAAAGUCACGAUCUACGUAGAGACAGUCCAAGAUUUUUAUAUAAAACUGAACUCUAUUACCAAUUUCACAAGCACACCAAGUCAGCCCAAAUACUACUUCUAUCCGUUUGAUCAAGGGCCGAAUGACAUGAUCGAUCUGCCGACGCAGAACGCGAGGAGAAAGUUCGCAUGUAACAAAGAGUUGGAUGAGUCUGAACAGAAAAGAUUGGAUACAUACUUCGUGCAGAGCAAUUUCAGGAGUGUGUCCGGCUGGAUGUCGCGGCCUAAGAGUGUCAUAGUGCUGAUUGAAUCAGAAGACGAUAUAUGCGCGGUUGUGUCUAUACAGAAUUUUUCAUGUCCAGUAUUCGACAAUGAGCGGGACAUACUGUAUGAUGGAUAUUAUUUAACAAUGACGCGGCGUGGUGGCAUUACACUUACGCAAGACACAUUUCCAAUGGGGUUCUACAUAGUGUUUAUAGUGAAAACUUCUGACGACGACUGUACAGAGAGGAACAGUGGUAACGGUACACUACCGACCAUGGCGCAUUACUUCGGCUGGAGCGAGGAGAGCGUCGUCGAAGUGGAGAUCAAUGACGGCCGAGUCAAGACGUUUAGUUUUAAAAUAAUCGAGACAAUAUCGUAUCAAGAAUACGCAAUAGCAGCGGGUGCGGCGCUCGGGUUCUUUCUCUCAUUCUACGUGGCGUUUAUUAUAGUGAUACUGUGUCAGAGGAAGAAAAUGAUGGUCACCACUGAAUCGGAGACCAGCCAGACUGAAGAAGGACUAAUCACGUCGCCGUCGACCCCGCACGACGCUGCGAACGUGACGACGCGGCGACGUCGCGUUAACGUGAUCAGUGGGAACAGCGCUAUGUCCAGCAGUGGGGAGACCUCGUCGCAACGUUGCCUUAUUGGUGAAGGGGAUGUAGCACAAAUUGAUUGCAGUUCCUCGUCGGAUACAGAGUCAGAUUUUUCAACAAUGGAUGACGCAAAUACUGAUAAGGAUGUGUACCUAGUCGGCGGGAAGCUGUGUGUAGCUAACUUAGCCAGAUGCCGCCCCCGCGUGUUGUCCGCGCGUUCGAAGAUGUACUUGUGGAAUGUCCUCACAGUGGCUGUGUUCUACACGCUCCCAGUUAUACAGCUAGUCGUCACAUAUCAAAGGUUGCUCAAUCAAUCUGGAAACCAAGAUCUAUGCUACUUCAAUUUUUUGUGCGCACAUCCGCUCAUGGUACUGUCAGAUUUCAACCACGUAUACUCGAAUCUGGGCUACGUACUGCUCGGACUGUUGUUCUUGAUGCUGGUGUGGCGUCGCCAUAAUAAACAUAAAGCGAAGUCUGCAGUUGAGAAGGAGCUGGGCAUCCCGCAGCACUUUGGGCUGUUGUACGCAAUGGGAGUGGCGCUGGUCAGCGAGGGUCUACUGUCUGCUGCGUACCACGUCUGCCCCAACAGCAUGAACUUCCAGUUUGACACGUCGUUCAUGUACGUGACAUCAGUGCUGUGUAUGGUCAAGAUAUACCAGGCUCGACAUCCGGAUAUCAACGCACGCGCUCACGCCACCUUCGGAGUAUUGGCGCUCAUCAUAUUUAUAGGGCUCGUGGGCGUGUUGAAUGCGAACUUCUACUUCUGGAUCGCGUUCACAAUACUGCACCUGGUCACAUGCCUCUUCAUGACCUUCCAGAUAUACUAUCUUGGAAGGUUCAAAUGGGAGGGCGGGGUGGUGUGGCGCGCGGCGCGGGAGGUGUCGCGGCGUCCGCUGGCCGCCAUCACGCCCACGCACUGCGGCCGCGGCGUGCUGCUGCUGCUCGCCAACCUCGCCAACUGGGCCAUCGCCGCAUACGGUGUGGCGCAGCACAGUCGUGACUUCGCUUCUCACCUGCUGCUGGUGCUGAUGAGCAACCUGUUCCUAUACACGCUGUUCUACAUCGUCAUGAAGCUGCUGCACAGAGAGUCCAUCCGGUGGUACAGUUGGGUGUUCAUAGCAGUUACAUAUACGGUUUGGUUCGGCUCGAGCUACUUCUAUUUGGACCAGAGCACCAAUUGGGCGCUAACUCCAGCUCAGUCGAGGCGCAACAACCGCGUCUGUUCUUUACUACAACUGUACGAUUCACACGACAUUUGGCACUUUCUGUCAUCAGCCGCCAUGUUUUUCUCAUUUAACAUGUACCUUACCAUAGACGAUAACCUAACAAAUGUGCCUAGAAGUGAAAUUAUGGUAUUUUAAUCUGUGGUUACUAAAUUGUUAUAGAAUGACUCAGUGGUAAAAAACUCAGUGGGAUUGACCCCACUGAGUUUUUUUAAACUCGGAUUAAUUAAGAGUUGAGGACCCAAAAUUGGCCCCUGAAGUACUCCAACUCUUAGGUUGUUUAAUAGCGUUUUAAAACUGUCCAUUAUUAUAGUAAUUAAUAGUUAACAAACACAAUAAAAGGCUUUUGAAAAGCCGUGUAUUAUUAAAUUUUUGCACAAUAUGCUCAAAAAUGUAAAAAUACUCUUGAACACUUUAGCAUAGAUGAUAUUUGAAAUGAUGAUGGUAAACCAUUAUAAUCCUAAAUAUUUAAAUAAAAUUGUACAUAGUUAUUUAAAUAUACAAUUAAAUUAUUGAAGACAAAAAUGUUACUUUCAAAUAGGAUAUUCAAAAUUAAC